UUAGCUAUAUGUACUUUGUUUUAUUUGUGAAUUUUCUAAUUCUCUCCAAUCAGAUAUUAAACAAUGUAUAUAAAGAAUAUGGUACUGGAUGGAUUCAAAUCCUAUGGAAAGCGAGUUGAAAUUAAUGGUUUUGAUAAGGAGUUCAAUGCCAUUACUGGCUUGAAUGGUACUGGCAAGUCUAAUAUAUUGGAUGGAAUAUGCUUCCUUUUAGGUAUAACAAAUUUAGGACAUGUGAGAGCUGCAAGCCUCCAGGACUUAAUUUUUAAGAAUGGUCAAGCUGGUGUUACAAAGGCUACAGUUUCUGUGACUUUUGAUAAUUCUGAUAGAGCACAGAGUCCUUCCGGGUUUGAAAAUAUGGAUGAAAUUACUGUCACAAGACAGGUUAUUAUGGGUGGAAAGAAUAAGUACAUGAUCAAUGGGAGCAUUGUGCAGAAUAAGCGGGUACAGGACUUGUUUUGUUCUGUACAGUUAAAUGUAAACAAUCCUCACUUUCUGAUAAUGCAAGGAAGAGUCACUAAAGUACUGAAUAUGAAGCCACCUGAGAUUUUAGCGAUGUUAGAAGAAGCUGCGGGUACAAGAAUGUACGAAACGAAAAGGCAGUCGACACAGAAAUGCAUUGAGAGGAAAGACGCAAAACUGAAUGAACUGCAGGGUGUGAUUAGUGAAGAGCUUAAUCCUAAACUUCAGAAGCUGCGCAACGAGAGGCAAGCAUACUUGGAGUAUCAAAGGGUUGCAAGAGAGCUUGAACAUAUGACCAAUUUAUAUCAAUCCUGGCUGUUCUUCUCUUCCAAGAAGAAAACUGUGAUGGCGCAGGAAAAGUUGUCUGCCUACGAAGGAAAAGUAUCUAAGAUCAAGGAGAAUAUUGAAGGGAAUGUGGCUGGUAUUGCUGCAAUUAUGGAAGAGGUCCAAGAGCUUAGCACAAGGAAUGAGGCAGAAGGAAGCAACAACGUGCAAAUAUUAGAAGAGCGCGUCAAGGAGAUCGAAAAGCAGGAGGCUAAAGUAUCUGCAAGAGAAAAAUCUGCGAAGGAUAAUAUUGUCGCAGAGGAGAAACAUAUAGCGCAAAUGGAUAAGAGUUGCAAGGAUGAUAAAACGACGAUGAUGAAAAAAGAGCAAUACAUGGGAGAAACGCAGAGCAUGUUUGAAACGCUAAAAAAAAACGAUGAGCGAGAUGAGGCGGCUUUCGCGCAUUCCCAGAAAAAGUAUAUGGCCAUUUGCAACGGCAUGGAGAUAAACGAAGCAGGAGAGUCGGAAUCUCUGCAUCAGCAACUGAUGAACGCCAGACAGGAGGCUAAUACUGCUAUCACCGAGAUGAAGACGGCCAACAUGGAACUGCAGCACUGCCAGAAGGAGCUGAAUGUGAAAGAGAAACAACUCGGCACGGAUUCGUCUGAUUAUAAUAGGAACAAAGCCAGCAUGAAUCAAGUAUCAAAAGAUCUCGAAAACCUUGAGACGAAGCUGAACAAAUUGAAUUUCAACGAGGAGCGAUUUACUGAAUUGCACGAAAGCUGGAAGGAGCUGCACGACGGGAUUCGUGUAGAUCGCCAGAAAGUUUUUGAAAUCGAAUCACGCCGUCCGAAUCUAAGGUUUACGUAUCGCGAUCCGGAGACUAAUUUCAAUCGAUCUCGUGUCCACGGCAUCAUCUGCAAACUCUUCGAGGUUGUAGAUCCGAAAUUCUGCACUGCGUUAGAGACGGUCGCAGGUUCCAGACUGUACAACGUCGUAGUGGAAGACGAUAUUACCAGUAAAUUGCUUCUACAAAAGGGUAAUCUGCAAACUAGAACAACGUUUAUUCCCCUGAACAAGAUACGCGGCGAAAAGAUUGAUAACAACACUGUAAAAUUCGCGGAAAAUCUGGUAGGGAAAGACAACAUUCACACCGCUCUUUCAUUGAUUAAGUACGAUCCAAAAUUGCACGCUGCUAUGGUUUAUAUUUUUGGUGGAGCUUUCAUUUGUACGGAUAUGAAUGUGGCUAAGAAGGUCACGUUCCACGAUAAAAUCAGGAAGAAGUGCGUCACUUUGGAUGGCGAUGUGACCGAUCCGGGCGGUGUUUUGAGUGGAGGUGCCAUGCAGAAAGGAACUCCGUUGCUAAAGAUAAUUGAUGAAGUCAUAAAAUUAGAGAAUAACGUACGUGAAAAAGAGAAUAUCUUUCGGAAAGUCGACGCCGACUACAAGAGAUUGACAGAUGUUAAACAGAGUAGCUAUAAUCCAAUGAUGCAGCAACUAGAGUUGAAGCAGAUGGAGUUGGAAAAUGUGAAGAGGUGUUUGCAACAAACUAGUCAUCACAUACUUCAACAGGAAGUUGAAUCUUUGAGAGAAAAUAUUGCAAAACUAACUGAAAAAUUGAACGUUUGCAAGGAGACUGAGAAGAGGUGCAGCGCAAAAACAAAGGAACUGGAUGGAAUCAUGCGUGAUUCACAUGGUUACAAAGAACGUCAAUUGAAGGAGGCUGAGAAGGAAAUGAACGCAAUGAAGGCUCAGUCAGAGAAGAGUAGAAAAGAGUGGCAGAAACGCGAACAGGAAUACGAAAUGCUCAACUUGGAGAUAAUCGAGUUAAAGAAGUCCAUCGAGGCUACGCUGAAGCAAAUUGAGGAGGCCAAAGAGAAUGUUGUGCGAUUAAAGGACGAACUUUUGGAGAUACAGAAGGAAGCCGCGGAAAUAAAUGCCGAGUUGAAGGAGAACAGAGAUGAUCUGAAAAAGGAGAAGAACGAGAUUGCUUUAAAAAACAAAGAAGUUCAGGGUAAAUUGGCGGAAAAGGAGAAGCUUGUGGCCAAAAACUACAAACUCGAAUUAGAUGUGAAACAAUGUGGCCACGAUCUUGAGAAACUGCAGCAGGAGUAUAAACAAGCACAAACCAACGAAACAAAUAUAGCAAAUACGAUGCAGAAUAUCGACAAUAAGAAUCUGCAGAGAGCUCAAGAAAUGCAGGAUUCAGAAGCGGACGAUCUUAAGGGCAAAAUCAAAUCGGCCUCCGACAAACACAAUAAGUUGGGUAGAACCGUCAAUUCUAAAGCUCAAAGCAUGUUCGACCAAGAAGAGAAAAGGUACACGACGCUGAUGAAGAAGUAUAAGAUUGUGAAGCAAGAUCGCGCAUCGCUUCUGCAAAUAUUGGAGGAUCUAGACAAAAAGAAGGAGGAAGCAAUCCAAUUGGCUUACACUCAAGUCAAAAAAGAUUUCGGAUCUAUAUUCGGAUCGCUCUUGCCUGGCUCCUCCGCUUCGUUGGCUCCGCCAUUCGGUAAAACCAUUCUUCAGGGAUUGGAGGUUAAAGUAAAUCUGGGCGGGGUCUGGAAGGAAAGUCUGACGGAGCUCAGCGGCGGGCAGCGAUCAUUGGUCGCACUCUCACUUAUCCUCUCCAUGUUGCUCUUCAAACCGGCACCAUUGUAUAUUUUAGAUGAAGUCGACGCCGCCCUGGAUCUGUCGCAUACACAGAACAUCGGAAAUAUGCUGAAAAGUCACUUUAAACAGUCUCAAUUUAUUAUCGUCUCAUUGAAAGAUGGUAUGUUCAAUAACGCCAAUGUUUUAUUCCGUACGCAAUUUAUAGACGGGAUGUCCAAUGUCGUGAGGACCGUCAAUAGAAGAUAGCGAAGGGAAAUAACAAAUUUCAUUAUACAUGUUACCCGUAUUU